AUGCUGGGGUUCGGGAAAAUGGCUGCCAACAUUUCCUCCUCUCCCGCUCUCACGUUUGAGCUCAUCGCUCGCUGCUCGACCACUCGCGCCCGAGCAUCCAACCUGACACUGCCUCAUGGGCCCGUCCAACUUCCCAUGUUCAUGCCAGUGGCGACUCAGGCGUCGUUGAAAGGACUUACUCCUCAGCAGCUCGAGGAGACGGGUUGCCGGUUAUGCUUGAACAACACGUAUCACCUGGGUCUCAAGCCCGGUCAGGAAGUACUCGACGUGAUAGGCGGAGCGCAUAAGUUUCAGGGCUGGAAUCACAACAUACUGACGGAUAGCGGAGGCUUUCAGAUGGUCAGCUUGCUCAAGCUUGCGAAGAUCACAGAAGAGGGCGUGCGCUUCCUCAGUCCUCAUGACGGGUCGCCUAUGCUCCUCACGCCGGAGCACUCCAUCUCCCUCCAGAACACGAUUGGGAGCGACAUCAUCAUGCAACUCGACGACGUGCUGGUCACGACGUCGCCCGACAAGGCACGGAUGCGCGAGGCCAUGGAGAGGAGCGUGCGGUGGCUGGACCGAUGCAUCGCGGCACACAAGAACCCCACGCGUCAAAAUUUAUUUUGCAUCAUCCAGGGCGGCCUCGACCUCGAGAUGCGGCGGGAGUGCACGCGGGAGAUGCUGGCGCGCAACACGCCGGGCAUCGCCAUCGGCGGCUUGAGCGGCGGCGAAGCCAAGGUGGACUACUGUCGUGUCGUGGCGGCGUGCACGGAACUUCUGCCGGAUCUGAAGCCGCGCUACGUGAUGGGGAUUGGGUAUCCCGAGGAUCUCGUCGUCAGCGUGGCGCUCGGGGCCGACAUGUUCGACUGCGUGUGGCCGACGCGGACGGCGCGGUUCGGCAACGCCAUCACGAAAGCGGGCGUCUUGAACAUCCGAAACGCGAAAUACGCAAACGACUUUGGGCCGAUCGAGUCGGGGUGCGGCUGCGCGUGCUGCAAGUCUAGCGGGGAGGAGGGGGGCAUGGGCAUCACGCGGGCGUACGUGAACCACAACGCUUGCAAGGAGACGGUAGCGGCACAUCUGCUUACGAUACACAACGUGUGGUACCAGCUCAACCUGAUGAAGGAAGUGCGGCAGGCCAUCAUUGAAGAUCGGUUCCCGGCGUACAUUCGAGAGUUUUUUGCGGGCUUGUACGCGAGCAAAACGGAGUAUCCGGCAUGGGCGGUGGGAGCAUUGCAGAGCGUCGGCGUUGACUUAACGAUAGAAUAG